AUGGCGGUACCGAAGCGGGCGUUAGUUGUUGCCUCCGCAGCCAUCACAUUCUUCACCCAGCGAUAUGCACCGUGGGCUGCGUUGAGUACGAGUGCGAUAUGGAACGUGGUAGCAUUGUCGAUGAUAGCCAUCUUCGCGCUGUUCUGCUGGGGUACCUUGGUGUAUCCUUUGCUCCUCAGUCCGUUGCGCCAUUUGCCACAAGCGCCUGGUGCAAACUUUCUUGCUGGAAACUGGAAACGGAUUUUCAAGGAACCAAGUGGUGAACCGCAAAGGGAAUGGAUUGAUACGGUGCAGAAUGAUGGCGUUUUAUACUACCGAUGGCUGUUCAACGAGCCAAGAAUUCUGAUCACUACCCCUAAGGCGUUGGCGGAGGUGCUGGUUCAAAGGAGCUACGAGUUUGUCAAACCCGAACGUGUGAGGAAAGGCGUUGGAAGACUCCUCGGCAUAGGUGUUCUCGUUGCCGAGGGCGACGAACACAAGCGCCAAAGAAGAGCUCUCAUGCCUGCUUUUGCGUUCCGACACAUCAAAGACCUUUACCCUGUAUUCUGGGAUAAGUCCGUCGAGAUGGCUGAUGCUAUUUCCCGUGAGAUGAAGAUGAAGUCGACCUCUGUCGUGGAAAUCCGUGACUGGGCUUCUCGGGCGACCCUCGAUAUUAUUGGCUUGGCUGGAAUGGGUCAAGACUUCAAUGCGAUUGCUGAUCCGACCAACGAGCUCAAUGUCACUUACCGCACCAUCUUCAAGCCCAGUACCGCCGCCAAGGUGAUGCAGGUCGCCUCGAUGUUUCUCCCCGAGUGGCUGAUCCGAGCUCUCCCUGUGAAGCGUAACGAGGAGUUCAAGGAAGCCAUCCGCACCAUCAAGCGCGUUUCAGCUGACCUAGUCCGUUCAAAGCGCGCGAAGUUGGAGAAGGGCGAGCGCACAGACGUCGAUAUCCUCAGCGUUGCCAUCGAAUCCGGCGGCUUCACAGACGACGACAUGGUUAACCAGUUGAUGACGUUCCUUGCCGCAGGACACGAGACUACCGCAACUUCGCUAACCUGGGCCGUAUACCUCCUCUGCAAACAUCCCGCCGAGCAGAAGCGCUUGCGUGAGGAAGUGCGCGCGAACAUCACUGCCAUCAACGAUCCCUCCGCACAGAUCUCUUCCACCGAGAUCGACCACCUACCGUACCUCAACGCCGUCCUCAAUGAGACUUCCCGUGUCUUCCCACCCGUUGCGCUCACUCUUCGAGAGGCCGAACAAGACACUACCAUCCAAGGUAAAUUCAUUCCUGCCGGCACGACCAUCGUCAUUUGCCCCUGGGCAAUCAACACUUCCAACGCGCUCUGGGGAACCGACGCCAAGGAGUUCAAUCCUGAGCGCUGGAUGGGUCAGGGCAAGGCGAACACCGGCGGCGCUGACUCAAACUACGCGGUCACAACAUUCUUGCACGGGCCGAGAAGCUGUAUCGGCAAGGACUUUGCGAAGGCGGAGUUUGCAUGUCUGUUGGCGGCGCUAGUAGGCCGGUUUGAGAUGGAGCUGGAGGAGCCGGACAAGCCGUUGGAGAUUGGGGGUGGAAUCACGAGCGGUCCUAAGGGUGGGCUCAGGAUAAAGAUGAAGGAGGUUUUGGCUUAG